UCUUUGACUUCUCUUGACGAAUUUGGUGUGGAUAAUUCAACAAUCCAGUUUGAGUGUACAAAAAUUCAUGAUAUUGGUUGAUGAGUUCGUGUUAUUAAUAUAUUUCAAAUGAAAGUGUUCUAAGUUUAUAUCGAUCAUAAAAUAAUUGUGGUGUGGAAAAUGUGGGGGAAAAAUUCAAAUUGGAAAAUUUGUACAUUCCUCGUGGCAUUGAUGGUUAAUGAAUUUACUUCUGGAAUUGUUGCACAAAACCUCCAGUGUCAUGUAUGUUCAUCAGAUAACUUAGAAGCCUGUUCAGUGGAUUACGUGCAAAAUGAAGUGGAUUUACCCGUUGAAACAUGUUCAUCGAGUGUUGCAUCAUGCUUCACAAAAGUCGAAAAUGGUAUUACGUACCGCGGCUGUAUAUCGCAAAAUCAUGAUGAUUCGGCGACGGUCAACUGUGAUGACACUAAUCAUUGUGUACAAUGCCAUUCAGACAAGUGUAAUGGGUAUGCGGGAGACAUUGAUUUUAAUCCAUUUCAAGAAGAAGUUGGUGAUAGUGAAAAUUCGAGAAAUGAAAAAUUUACCUGUAUUUCUUGCGAUUCGGCUAUUGAUAAAACAUGUGGUACAAAUUCAACGUUUGAAUCUUUCGAAGAUUGUGGCGCUCCGUAUAAAUGCUAUCACUAUAUAAAAAAAAUUAAUGGAUUCCACAAAAGAGGAUGUACAAAGAAUUUGCACGAUGGCUUAAAUUACAGAUGGUUGCUUCGUCUCUGUGAAGUUUUCGGAGAGGACUGCCAAAUAUGCGUCGGUUCAAAUUGUAAUUCGGCAAAAUCGUUAAGGGAAUGUUUGCACUGCACCAUCGCCGAUCGUAUGAGUUGUGUAAAUCGCUUAAAGAAUGUACAAAGUAAAACUUGCAAAACCAACAAUGAUGAUUGUUACACCUAUGUUGAAAAAGGUGGUGUGUCGAGAGGCUGCGUGUCUGAUGAAGAUAUUCCCAGCGAUUGCCUUCAAAAUCCGGACAAAUGUACCGUUUGUAAAACUGAUGAAGGAAACAACUGUAACAAUCAGACCUUCUUUGCUGAACAAUGCGUCGAAUGCGAUACACAGUACGGACAUUAUUGCAAAGAAAAACCAGAUAUAUAUCAAGGCAAAGUAUGUACCAUCAGUACGAAUCCUUUAUAUAAUUCAGAAGGUUGCUAUUUGCGUGUGGAGGGAGAUCAUGUGAAAAGAGGUUGUGUAAUCGAUUUAAAUCCAGAAACAAAAACGUCAUGCACAGAGGUUUUGGAUAAUUGUAAAUCAUGCACUGGACCAAACUGCAAUAGAAAGAGAGAGUUUACGAAAUGCUUUAAAUGCAAUAGCAAAGAUGAUAUUACAUGCUCAGGAAACACAACGUUGACUAAUUCGGUCACAUGUAUGAACUAUUAUGGAGUGUGUUUGACGUAUAUUGAUAGAGCUGGUUAUACUCAUCGGCGAUGUGGUGACAUGAGUUGGAGCUAUGAUUUUGGCACAAUUCUAUCGGAUAAAGUGCAUAGAUGCAACGAAGAUAAUUGCAAUACUGUAGUUUACCCACCAAAUCGUCUUCAGUGCUAUCGAUGCAACGGCGAGGAUGAGUGCAAUUUUAUGAAUUCAACCAAUUCUUUGGUACCAAUGCCAUGUGGCCAGAUAUUAGAACCUGAACAAUGUUAUACUUAUCUCAGUGAAGACAACAAAAUGUACCGUGGAUGCUUGGCUGACAGUGGAGAGUAUCGCGCUUUAUGCAACGAAGAUAGACCUGAUAAAAAUGGAACUUGUGUCAAGUGUAGUGAGACUGAAUGUAACAAUGUGCCAAAAAUUAAACCAGCAUCUUUGUCCUGUGUACAUUGCGACAAAUCGGAAAAUUGUGCAUUUGGACAUGAGAAGGCCACUCCAUGCAAAAGCGAAGUUCCAUUUGAUUCCGAAGAAUCUUGUUACACCCACUACAAUGACGGGCAACGUUGGGCUAAACGAGGAUGCACACUAGACGAUCCAAAACCAUCUGAGAUCGAUGGACAUUUUGAAGUCUGUUCAGAGUCUGAAUGUAAUAAGGAAAAUGUGUUGCACUCAAAAUGUAUAUCGUGUGAAAGUGAUGUGGAAUCUGAAUGUGCAAAAUUAACCUAUAAAAAUAGUUUGAUUAAGCAAUGUGAAGGAACCUAUUCGUAUGAAAAACGUGGCUGCUACACUCUUAAGAAACCCACAACGGUAACUCGAGGCUGUGUCAAAGAUCUUAAGCCAAAUCAGUUGGAUGACGACGAGAUGACUCAAUGCAUGGGAGAUGGUUGUAACGAUGAAGUGGUAACAAUCGAUCGUUAUUGUCAUGUUUGUGACUCAAAAACUGAGCCGAAAUGCGUUAGCGAAGUGGAUGACUCAAUGCUAAAACGUUGCCCAGAUUCCAAAGAAGAUUUCGGAUGCUUCCAUUCAAUUAAAGACACACGAAUAAUGAGAGGAUGUGUUGCAGAUCUGGAAGGUGACGACAAGGAAAAUUGCUUGGCAAAUGACAAUACAUGCAAAACGUGCUCCCGAAAUGGUUGUAAUAGCAAAGUAGCCUUUGCCAAAUGUGUUGCAACUAAGGGUGUAAUGAUCGCAGAUCAAAAGCCAAAGGCUCCGCUCGAUGAACAAAUAUUUAACAAAAUCUGUAAAAAAUACGAUGAUUUGUGUUUCGUGCUUGGAACUAAAGCUGGCACUGUCAUUCGAGAUUGUUUAGAUGAAUAUUCAAAGACGAUGGGAAUUUCUCGUAGUUUUCUAUCUAAUGAAUAUAAUGCGACAUCAUACGAAGUAUGUGCUGAGCCAUUGUGUAAUGAUCAUGAUGUGCAGCCCAUGCAAUGUCUAUCGUGUGAUUCACGUUACGAUGAAAAUUGCAUGAACAGUACAUCAUCCGCACGAAAACAAUGUUCCUUGGAAAUUGGGAACCCAUCGGGGUGCUAUCAUUUUGAGGGCGAUCACAUCGAACGAGGCUGUAUCACCGACUUGGAUGAAGAGAAACGGAAAUUAUGCGAAUCUGAUAGUGAGACGUGUAAAAAAUGCAUCGGAGAUAUAUGUAAUUCGAAAUCGUUCUUCCAAAAAUGUCUUGCCACUGACACAGAAAAUUUAAACUCCACUUACACUAGAACGUGUAAACGGUAUACAGAUGAAUGUUUCAUCCAUGUUCGGGAUAACAACAUCCGCAGAGGUUGUAUGAGUGACUUGAUUGAGUCACCAAUCACAGAAUUUGAUCUGGUGGAAGACUGUAAAAACGAUGCGAUUUGCGAAAAAUGCUCCGAUCAAAAUAAUUGCAAUGAUCGAGAAGUCGAAAGUGAAGAUUGUCUUGUGUGUUCAUCGAAGGAUGACCAUAACUGUAAAUAUCAUCCAGAAAAACUGAACAGUACACAGUGCCCGUUGGCUUUGAAGCAAGUGGGUUGUUAUAUGCGGGAAAAUGGAUUGCGAUUAACAGAACGUGGUUGCAUGUCAUCACUCGACUCAAACGGACAAAACGAUUGCAAACUUCCAAAUGGCUCGUGCAAAAUGUGCUUGGGAAAUAAAUGCAAUCAAAAACGAUGGUUCCAAAAGUGUAUCGAUUGUGAUUCGAGAAUCCAUGGCAAAGCUUGUAUUGAUAAAACGUUUGGUCGUUUUGGCCGAACAUGUGAAGAAUAUUUGGGAGAAUGCUAUACAUGGGUUGAAUUUGGAAACCAUGUGAUUCGAAAUUGUACUGGAGAUAACAAAGUUCCCGAUGCGGACACAUGCAAAAAAAAUCCAGAAGAUUGUAAACUAUGUUCAAAUGUUGGCAAUUGUAACGAUGAAGAGGUUAAAUCUUUAACGUGCGUCAACUGCGAUUCGGAUUGGGAUCCAACAUGUGCCACAAAUACGACAUUCAAUGAGUUUACCACAUGCUAUCUUUCAAUUCAUCGACCAUCGUGCUAUCAUUCUAUUGACGCUAAAGGGAGACAUAGACGAAGCUGCACAAAUAAAAGUCCAAAAUCACAACAAGAACGCUGCGAAAAAAACGAUGACCAAUGCAAAGUAUGCACCAAAAAUAAAUGUAAUAACAAAGCAUCGUUUGAACGUUGUUUCCAAUGCAAUUCAACGACAGAUGCCGGUUGUCUAGAUGGUCUUGGUGUAGAACACAGCAAGCUUUGCACAGCAUAUGAGGAUCAAUGUUAUACGCACAUUGGCGAUUAUUCUAUUACGCGUGGCUGUUUGAAAGAGCAAAACUUUCUUUUCCAAAGCGCAUGUCGAGAUAAUACUAAACAUAAAUGUUCAAUUUGCAAUACGGCCAACGGUUUGGGCUGUAACAAUCAGACCAUCAAAAUGGAAUAUUGUGCACAUUGUAAUUGGCUGAGGGAUAAAAAUUGCCGUGACAAACCGGAAUUAUUUCAAAAUAAAAUAUGUAGUGAAUUCAAUGUGUCUGGUUACAACAGGCAAGGAUGUUGGAUACAUGAGAAAGGAAAAAUAACAAAACGAGGCUGCAUUACCGAUUUGGACGAAAUACAAAAAGCCGAAUGCUUAAGACAAUCGGAAAAUUGCAAAACAUGUUUCGGAAACAAUUGCAAUUUAAGAAAGACUCUUCAACAGUGCUACGUCUCUGAUGGUGAAAUGAAUCUAGACGAACAAUCCAACCAGAAAGUUAAAACGUGUAAACACCAUAAUGAUGCAUGUUUCAUUCUGAUCAAUCACGGUAAAAAAACGGUCAUCAAAGGUUGUUUGAGCGAAUAUGCGGAGGAAAAUAAUUUGCCAAUCAAUUUUUUAUCGGAGACAUACAAUAGACCAUUGUAUUCAGUGUGUUCAGAAUCAUUGUGUAAUGAUCAAACAAUCCGGGCGACUAAUUGUAUUUCGUGUGAUUCACGAUAUGAUCGAGAUUGUCGUCGUCCAUUUUCUUUGGCAUGGAGAAAUUAUGCAUUCUUCGAGUGCCCAAUAGAAAUGAACCCAUCCGGAUGUUAUCAUUUUGAAGGGAAUCACACCCAACGAGGUUGCAUUGCUGAUUUAAAACCACAUAUGCGCAAGCUGUGCGAAUCGGAUUGUGAUACGUGUAAAAAAUGUAUGGGAAACGAAUGUAAUGACAAAGCUCACUUCCAAAAAUGCAUCUCAGAUGAUCAACGAGUAGCUGAUGUUUCGAAAUCGAAAAUAUGUAAACGAUAUUUGGACGAAUGCUAUACUCGUGCGUUCAAUGACACCAUCCAACGAGGCUGUACCAGUGAUUUAGCCGAAUCGCCUGGUAAUAACAUUGACUUUGUGUCUGAAUGUCAAAAUGGACGUUGUAAAAUAUGCCACGAUCGCGACAAUUGCAAUGAUCUUGACAUCGAGAAUGAAUAUUGUCUGGUUUGCCGCGAUAAUGUAGACUGUGCUAACAAUCCAACGUUUGAUAUGAGACAACGAUGCCCAUCGGCGAUGAUGAAUAUGGGAUGUUUCCUCCAUAACUAUACGAAUCAACUAAAAAGCAACUUUGUGGAGCGUGGCUGCAUGUCGAAAUUGAAUAAUGAAAAUUGGAAUUACUGCAAAGAAGGCAAUUUCCGAUGCAAAAUGUGCACCGGCGACAGUUGCAAUAUAAAAAAGACAUUCCAAACGUGUUACAUUUGCGAUUCAUUGACGGAUCCAAAGUGCAUCGACGCACCAUGGGAUGCCGAAGAAGGAGAAAUUACCUGUGCCAAUUACAUGGGUGAAUGUUACACGCACCUCAACAAUGGCAUAGUGAAACGGAAUUGUGUCGGAGAUGAAACCGUACCCGAUAGAGCUUAUUGCAUCAAUAAUCCAGACAAAUGUCUAAUUUGCUCUGGUGAACGCUCCUGCAAUGACAAUGUUGUGAAGUUUGAAACUUGCAUUUCAUGCGAUUCAUCGGUCGAUCCAACAUGUGCUACAAAUUCAACAUUCGGAUCGUUCGAAGAUUGUCCGCUUUCGAUUCAUCCACAAACGUGUUAUCAUCAUAUCGAUAAAGACACUGGAGUGCAUAAGAGAGGCUGUAUUAAGAAGCUGCAGGAGCCAAUGUUAUCACUUUGCCAACAAAAUGGAGCAGAGUGUAAAAUAUGCAUCGGUUCAAAUUGUAAUGUUCAACGUUCAUUCAAACAAUGCAUACAUUGCAGUACGACAGAAGAUGGCAAUUGUGCUGAGAAUCCAAUAAAAAGCCACACCAAAAUUUGCAAGCAAUACGAUGAUGAGUGUUUCACUCAAAUUGGCCGCAGUGAUGUGUCACGUGGAUGUUUAAAUGAACGAAGCAUGGAAUUUAUCCAGGAUUGCCGCGAAAAUCCCGAUAAAUGCGGCAUUUGUACAGCAAACGAGGAAAGCAUUUGCAACAAUAAAUCCAUCAAAAUGUUUAUGUGCAAUGAAUGUUCCUUCGAAGAUGGCGACGAAGACUGCCCGAACAGACCCGAUAAAUACAAAGAUAAAAUCUGUAGUGGAAUGAAUACAACAAAAGAUGAAGGGUGCUAUGUCUAUAAAACCUUUUUAAGUGGAAUAAAACGAGGAUGUGUUCGGGAUGUGAAAGGACAUUUGAAGUCUUUAUGCUUGCAACAAUCGGAAAUAUGCAAGAUGUGUAUUGGUAAAAAUUGCAAUUCAAUGACCGAAUUCCGACGUUGUUAUUUUGAUAGAGGUGAGAAGCCAGCAGCGGUGUGGACAAAAGGAAGGAGAACCUGUAAAAAGUUUGAUGACAAAUGCUUUACAUUGGUCAAUGAAAAUGAAACCGUCAUAAAGGGUUGUUUGUCCGAUUUCACGGAAAAGAAUAACGUUUCGAUCGAUUUUUAUGCGAAAAACUAUAAUGCGUCAGUCUAUCAAGAGUGCUCUUCAACACUUUGCAAUAGUGAUGAUAUCGAACCGUUGUGGUGCAUUGGAUGUGAUUCACGAUUGAAUCAAACAUGCUUUAGCAGCGCAUUUGCGAUACGACAACGGUGUCCAUUGGAAGUGAUCUCAUCUGGAUGUUAUCAUCAUUACGAUGGAAAACACGUGAAAAGAGGCUGUAUCGCUCAUUUAGAUAAAGAAGAACGUGUUCAAUGCGAAUCUGAUAGUGAUGAAUGCAAAAAAUGCUUUAGAAAACAAUGCAAUCGGGAAAUAUUCUUCCUCCAUUGCAUCACAACCAAUCCGAUGAAUGCGAGUGAUAGUCAAUCGAAAUUAUGUAGACGAUACACCGAUGAAUGUUUCACACACGUUUCCAAUGAAACUGUUCGAAAGGGUUGCAUCAGCGACAUAAUUGAUUCAAAAAAUGAUGGCAUUAAUAUUGAUAUUAAAGACUGUGAUAAUGAUGAGAUAUGUGUCAAAUGCAGUGGAGACGAUAAUUGCAACGGUGGACAAGUCAAACAUGAACAAUGUAUUGUUUGCUCAACGGCAACGAAAAAAGAUUGCAGGUAUUAUACGAAGGGACUUGAAAAGGAAUGUCCAUUGACUGCGAAACGAUUGGGAUGCUAUUUAAACGUAGAUGAAAAUGAUGUCGUGGAACGUGGUUGUAUGUCACAACUACUUCCGGAAAAACGCAAAUAUUGCCGCGCCAGCAAUGGCACUUGCAAGAGUUGUAUGGGUGAGAAUUGCAAUGAGAAACGUCACUUUCAAACAUGUAACAUUUGCGAUUCAGAAGUUGAUGGCGAAAAUUGCCUUAGUGCACCGUGGCAAUUGGAACGAAAAGUGUGCCCCAAUUAUUUGGACCAUUGCUAUACACAUUUGGAGAAUGGUCGAGUGAGACGUAACUGCAUCGGAGACAAAACGGUACCAGAUGUUGAUAUAUGUGAAUUCUAUAAGGCCAAUUGUAAGCAUUGUACUAAUGGAUAUGGCUGCAAUGAUGAAAUUAUUGUCAAUGAAUCGUGCGUUUCAUGCAGUUCUACCAUCGAUCCAACGUGUGCGACAAACAUAACGUUUGCAGUAUUUGAAGAGUGUCCGCUUUCGAUCAAUUCAAACAGAUGUUAUCAUAUGAUUAAUGCCACCACUGGUGAACAUAGGAGAGGUUGUCUCGAGAAACUGUCGAAACCGAUGAUCAGACUUUGUGAGAAAAAUGGCGAGGAGUGUAAAGUAUGCCCCGAUUCAAAAUGCAAUACCAGAACAACGUUCCUUAAGUGUUUGAAUUGCACAACGUCCGAUGGCCUACAAUGUGCAACAAAACCUCAACAUGCAGAGAGUAAAGUUUGCAGAAAUUAUGACGAUGAGUGCUAUACUCACAUUGGUCAAAAGGAUGUUUCACGGGGUUGUGCACUCGAAAAACCGCCACCAUUUAUUGAUCGCUGUCGUUCUGAUCCAAAUAAGUGCAAUAUGUGUGAUACAUUUGACGGAAAUGGUUGUAAUAAUCAAACAAUUAAAAUAGGAGCAUGCGUUGAAUGUGAUUCUCUAGAAGACCCGAGCUGUCGCGAUAAACCGCAUCAAUUCAAAGACUCAAUUUGUACUGGCUUGAUAACGGCAAAUAUGCCAGGCUGCUACUUAAGUACGUACGGUGGACGAAUCCGAAGAGGCUGCAAUCGUGAUUUGAUUCCAUUCCAAUUAAACGAUUGCAGGCAUCCAAACAAUGAUAAGUGCAAAACGUGCGAGGGUAGAAAUUGUAAUUUGAAAAAUGAAUUCCAGGAGUGUAUUUACUGUAACAGUAGAGAAAAUAUCGAAUGCUCACGAAAUGGAACGGUGCAAACAUCACAUAUGUGCGAGAAUUAUUUGGACACUUGCGUGACUGGAAUCGAUGCACAUGGUCACACUCAACGCCGUUGUAGCCGAUCUUUUGACGAUGAUGCAAUUGAAUUCCCGAAUGAACAGUUUGAGGUGUGUAGAGACAAUAAAUGCAACACAAACAUUUUCCCAUCGAAUCGUCUUCAGUGCUAUAGUUGCGAAGGUAAUAAAGAAGACUGUGAUUUUAUGCCAUCGAAAUCAACGGAAAUAGAUACAAACUCCAAGAAACUGGUACCUUGCGGGAUUUUAUCCAAGCUUGAUCAAUGUUUUGCGUUCCUUGCUGCAGACAAUAAAAUAUAUCGUGGUUGCAUGACUGAUACAAAUGACCAUCGAUUGUUAUGCGAAAAGGAUAAAAAGGGGCUUUGCCUUAAAUGCGGAGAAACAGGAUGCAACAAUAUGGCGAGAAUAAGACCACCAUCUCUAUCUUGCGUACAUUGUGGAAAAUCUGCGGAGUGUUCAUUUGGGCAAGAUGAGAAGGAUGCAACUCAAUGCAAAACCAAUGUUCCGUUUGGUGCCGAAGAAUCGUGUUACACUCAGUAUAGCUUGGAUGGAAGUUUGACUGAACGUGGAUGCACUCUUGAUGCGAAAAAGACGCUUGAAUCGCUCCAAGAUACGGAAAAAAUCUCAUUUUGUAGCGAAACUGGUUGCAAUGAUAAAAACAUUAAACAAUCGCAAUGUGUUGCUUGCAAGAGUGGCUUUGAUGGACAGUGUGCGAAAAUUUCUGAUGUAGAUAGCCUUAUCAAGCAAUGCAAAGGAAAAUAUUCACAUGAGAAACGCGGCUGUUACACGAUGUUGAAAAAUGAAAUGGUGCAUCGUGGCUGUAUCAAAGACCUCAGCAAAGAUGACUAUGCAACAUGCCAAAACAAAGAAAACUGCGAACUUUGUAUGGAAGAUAAUUGUAAUAUCGAUGCCGCAGGGUCAUCUGGAAGAAUUACCGGCAAUUUCGUUGUUAUUGCAUUCAUAAUUUGCAUCACAUUUCUUUUUUAUCGAAAAUUUUCUACGUCUUUUAGUGAUUAUCUAUCAUCGUCUAAUGAACAAAAUCCUAUUUAUUUAUUAUUUCAAAUCACAGUUCAGGUUUUGUACCAUAGAAAUUUAAUGGGUAAAUUACUAAAAGCAUGGCACAUGGCUCUAUUGAUGGCAUCUUUGCCUUUAUGCAUAUCGGACGAUUCGAAAGAAGCUGACCUUAAAGCGUUUACAUGUAUUACUUGUGAUUCAACCUUUGAUCCCACGUGCGGAACCAAUUCAACAUUCAAACAAUUUGAAUAUUGUGAAAAAACCUUCAAGUGUUUUCAUAUUAUACAACCCAAUGAGUCGCAUAAAAGAGGGUGCACAAAGAAUUUGUCCCAACAUAUGGUAGACGUUUGUGAGAAAAGUGAUGAGGAAUGUAGAACAUGCGUUGGUGAAAAUUGCAAUUCGAAGAGCUCAUUCCAGGAAUAUUUGGAGGGUGACACUGAAGAGGCUAAUGAUGGCUUUUAUGAAAUUGAUAAGGAAGAAUCGUGCGUUGCUUGCAACUCGGCCAUCGAUCCAAAGUGUGCAACGAACACAACGUUUGAAGUAUUUGAAACGUGUCCAAUGUUGGUCAAUUCAAACAGAUGUUAUCAUAUGAUCAAUGCCACGACUGGAGAACAUACAAGAGGAUGUCUCAAGAAUCUGCCGGAAUCAACGAUUGAAUUUUGCGCGAAAAACAGCGAGGAAUGCAAAGUAUGCCACAAAUCAAAUUGCAAUUCACGACUUUCAUUCACUAAGUGCUUGAAGUGCACUACAUUUGAUGAUCGGCAAUGUGCAAUCAAUCCAGAAUUGGCGCCGACUAAAGGAUGGAGUAGAAUUUGUGAAAACUACGACGAUCAGUGCUUUACUUACAUUGAACGAUUUGGUGUUUCACGUGGUUGUAAAUUGGAAAAAGAGCCACCAUUUAUCGAUAAUUGUCAAAACGAUCCAAAUAAGUGCGAAAUAUGUAAUACAUUGCAUGGCUUCGGUUGUAACGAUCGAAUAAUUACAAUGGAAACUUGUGUUGAAUGUGAUUCUGAUACAGAUAUGCACUGUUAUGAGAGACCACAUGAAUUCCAAGACAAAGUUUGUAGCGGUUUGGAGACGGAAGAUCGAUUGGGGUGCUACUUGCAAGUGAACGGUAAUAAAUAUAAACGAGGCUGCAUUCGUGAUUUGCCCCCACUUAAACGGGAUAUAUGUAAGGAACAAACGGCUGAGUGUAAAUCGUGCAUGGGCAAAAAUUGUAAUUUGAAGAAAGAAUUCCAGGAAUGCAUUUACUGUAACAGCCGAGGGAAUAUCGAAUGUUCACAACAUGGAAUUGAGCAAGAGUCGUGCAUUUGUAAGAAUUAUUUGAGCUCAUGUGUGACUGGAAUCGAUGCACAUGGUUUCACUCAACGGCGAUGCAGCCGAGUUUAUGCAGAUGAUGCGAUUGAAUUUCCAAAGGCACAGCAGGUGUGCACAAAGAAUAAAUGUAAUACGGGCAUUUUCCCAUCAAAUCGUCUUCAAUGCCAUCGCUGCGAAGGUGACAUAGAAGAUUGUGAUUUUAUGUCAUCGAAUUCAACGGAACUAGACACAAGCUCCCCGAAACUGAUGCCUUGCGGAAUUUUAUCCAAAUUUGAUCAAUGUUUUGCGUAUCUUGCUGAGAACAAAAAAAUUUAUCGCGGUUGCUUGACUGAUAUAAGUGACCAUCGAUUGUUAUGCGAAAAGGAUAAAAAGGGGCUUUGCCUUAAAUGCGGAGAAACAGGAUGCAACAAUGUAGCCAAAAUAAGAUCACCAUCUCUAUCUUGCAUACAUUGUAACAAAUCUGCGGAGUGUGCAUUUGGGCAUGAGAAGAAAACGGCAACUCAAUGCAAAACCGAUGUUCAAUUUGGUGCCCAAGAAUCGUGUUACAUUCAUUAUAGCUUGAAUGGAAGUUGGGCUGAACGAGGUUGUACUCUUGACAAAACGAACAAUUUGUUUGAAUAUAUGGAACGCACCGAAUCCUGUCACAACUCUGGUUGUAAUUAUAAAAAUAUUAUAUAUUCGAAAUGUGUUUCUUGCCAGAGUGGCUUCGAUGGCGGUUGUGUGACCAUUUAUGAUAAUGAUCUAGAUAGCGUUAUAGAAGAAUGCCAAGGACAAUAUUCGUAUGACAAACGUGGUUGUUACACUAUGUUGAAAAAUGAAACGGUGCAUCGUGGCUGUAUCAAAAACCUCAAAAAAGGCGACUAUGAAGCAUGCCAAAACAAAGAAAACUGCGAACUUUGUAUGGAAAAUGGUUGCAACAUUCAUAUCAUAGGGUCAUCUGGUAGAAUUACAGGCAAUUUGAUUGUCAUCGUAUUCUUACUUUCCAUCAUAUUUCCUGUUUAAAAAUGAAUAAUUUCAUUCGUCAUAUGCUUUGUUUGAUUACAACUUAAUAAAACAACUACUUGGAUAAUAUUCCAAAAAAUGA